GAGCGACGGAGGGACCCAGCGCAGCGGGGACCAUGCCUGCCGCCGCGCCGCCGCCCCCCUUGCGCCCCGCCGCCGGGCCGGCGCCCUCCUGCGGCUGCCCCUGCGCCCGGCACCAUCCCGAACCUCGAGGAUUUUUUGACCACUCUUUAAACUGCAUAACGGAGAGAAGACUACAAGGCACUUGCCCACCAAUUGGCCGUGGAAGUUUUGGGAAGCCGUUCUUUGGUACAAACUGUUUCAGUUCCCCAUUUAUUAAUUCCCGGACUGGUUUCCACACAAUUCAUUCCGAGAACAGCCCAGUGAAGCCGAGGAUUGUCACUGUUGUAAAACCUUGUGGGCACACAGUGAGGAAGAUAACGCUGCUCCUAAAUCGCCGAUCUGUCCAGACAUUUGAACAACUGAUCGCUGACAUCUCAGAAGCCCUUGGGUUUCCACGCUGGAAGAAUGACCGCGUGAGAAAACUGUAUAAUUUGAAGGGAAGGGAAAUCCGAAGUGUUUCUGACUUCUUUAGAGAAGGCGAUGCCUUUAUAGCUAUGGGAAAGGAACAGCUAACCCCGAAGAACCUGGAGGCGGCAAUCCAAGAGCUUUUCCCUGACAACCCCUAUGCACCCCGCACUGGAACCACACAAAACUGGGAACAAACUCAGAAACCCAAAAACCGGCUGUAUGAAAAGUCUUCCAAACUGGAAAAGAGCCUUGAGCCCAUAGCUGCCAAGAACUGUCUGGAUGCCAUAUCUCCUAAACUAAUUAAUAGGCAUGAAGUGAAAGGUCAGACCAAGGUCAGGCAAGAGGAGAAAGUGAGGACCAAAAAGAGGUGGGUCAGAGAUAACUGGAAUGAAGAGCAAGAUGCAAAGCCAUCUAGAAAAGCGAGAGAAUGCGAGAGGUAUUUUAAUCAAGAGAAAUGCCUUGAAAGUGAAGCAGAAAAGAGUUCGGACAUGAUAGUGAGGUGUGAGAAGUGCCAAAGAGAAAGGGAGCUCAGGCAAAAAUUGCAGAAGGAAAGACAGACUGAUCUUCCAUUUGAGAGCAGGGACUUGAGUAUGAGAACGUGUCAGAGAUAUCAUGCAGAAAGGCCAGUGAAAUUGAGAAAUUGCAGGAAAAUGUCAGAAAGCUCAGCGGAAGAGGGCAAAAUUACGUGGAACGAUGUUGCUUGUCAAAGUACCUGGACAGCCCCUCUCAGCCAUGCCAAAAAAGACUCGGAGAAGCAAAAAAGGAGCGUUGACAGAGAGCAAGCUCUGGAAAGCCAUAAGAAUCAUGAUGAAGAACUGGGAAAGAUGAAGCCCAUUGAAAGUCAGCGUACCAUAGUAGGAGAUGCCUAUGAAUUGAAGAAGGAGCACCGGAAAUGUUCUAGAGUGAACCAAAGCUGUUGGUUGAUCAAGGGUUCCCGGACAGAUACUGAAAAACCAUUGAAGAUUCAGGGGAAUAGGGAAGAGGUACGGAAACCGAAGGAGGAAGCUAAUGGAGGAGACGAGAAAGUAGGUCAUAGUGAGGGUGAACUGAUUAGGCAUGAAAAGGAGGAAGAACAUAAAGUCAUCAAAGAGAUUAACAAGACGCGUAGGGCCAGUGACGCGAAGCUGAGACAUGAUGUCUCAAGCAGAGCAGAUGUGGAGAAGAGCUAUGAGAUUGGCAGAACCAUUGGAGACGGGAACUUUGCUGUUGUGAUGGAGUGUCAUCACCGCAGCACUAAUCAGAACUAUGCUAUGAAAAUCAUCGAUAAGUCCAAGCUGAAAGGAAAGGAAGACAUGCUUGAAAAUGAAAUACUGAUCAUAAAGAGCCUUUCCCAUCCAAACAUUGUCAGUUUGAUUGAAGUAUUUGAAACCGAUGCAGAAAUAUACCUAAUCUUGGAGUACGUUCCCGGUGGGGACCUGUUUGAUGCCAUAAUCGAGAGUGUGAAAUUCACAGAACGUGAUGCUGCUCUCAUGAUAACUGAUCUGUGCGAAGCGCUCGUCUAUAUUCAUGGCAAGAACAUUGUCCACAGAGAUCUUAAGCCAGAAAAUCUUCUGGUCCAGCGUAAUCCAGACAAAACUACCACAUUGAAACUAGCAGAUUUUGGCCUUGCAAAACAGGUGACCAAACCCAUAUUCACCGUGUGUGGAACUCCAACUUACGUUGCUCCUGAAAUACUGGCUGAGACUGGCUAUGGACUAGAGGUGGACAUGUGGGCUACUGGCAUUAUACUCUAUAUUUUGCUUUGUGGAUUCCCCCCCUUCCGGAGUCACGAAAGAGAUCAAGAGGAGCUGUUUCGAAUCAUACAACUUGGGCAUUAUGAAUUUCUCUCACCAUACUGGGACAACAUUUCGGCUGCUGCAAAGGACCUGAUUAGCAGACUCCUUGUGAUUGACCCCCAGAAGCGCUACACCGCCCAGCAAGUUCUUCAGCACCUGUGGAUCCACACAGCGGGGAAAAACAGCAGCAGGAACCUCCAGAGGGAGGUGACCAUCAAUCUUGAGCGCCACUUUCUGAGCCAGCGCAAGGCUGAAGCUAGCAACAAAGACUCGUAAAAGGUGCAUCCAGGUGUACUUAAUGAGCCCACUGUAAAAGCACACUUAUCAUAUACUCUUAAGGACUGAGCUCAGGGGAAAUCCAUUAUUCCUGUAUGAAGACAAAGCCUGCUGUGCCCCCAAACUGAUUGGCUAGUUUCCUGUGAUGUUAUGUGCCCCAUUUCCUUCUUUCUACAGUUUUUUUUUUUUUAAAUACUUGGGGCAGGGGUGGUGGUGAACAGCCUGUUUGAGCCACCUUGGGAACCCAUCCUUGAAAUAUUUUGGCGGAGGACUGAAUUGGCCUUCAGUUUUCUGGUCAGCACAUUUGUCACUGGCUCUCCAGAUGCAGAAGGAAGCUGGGCUGGUCAUAGCUUCGUGGUAGAGCAUCUACUUUGGAUGCAGGAGGUACCAGGUCCAACCCAGAGCAUCUCCUGGUAGGACUUGAAGCCCCAGAGAGCUGUUGCCAGUCAUUGUGUUCAGUACUGAGCUAGCUGCACUAUGGGUCUGACUCCGGAUGAGGCAGCUUCUUCAGUUUCUGGCCCAUGAAAUAUGCGAUUUUUGUUCUUGUUUUCUUUUUGGUACGUCUGCGUGCACCAAAAGGCUGCCUUAAUGUUCAUCUAGUUCUCUGAAUGUUUCCAACUUUUACACCUGCACCUUUUCUUUGGAGUGAAGACACCACGUCGUGGUGGUGGAGGCAUAUUUUAAACACAACUCACUUGGAAAAUGCUACCUGCAAAGUCCUUGUUGAACUGUUAACUUAAAUGGAUAAGAUUGAUUCUGUUUGUAAUCCGUCCACAUGUUUUAAUAAGUUUACAUACUGGUCAGGAUCCUAAGAACUACUUUUAAGUGUGCAUGAGGACUUGUGAAUGUGUGCACCCAAUGGCAUUUUUUUUACUUAAAAGAGUAAAUGUCCAUACAGUUGUGCCCUGGCUGACGAAUGCCUUGCAAAUUGAACGUUUUGGCUCCUGAACAUUGCAAACCCGGAAGUGACUGUUCUGGUUUGCAAACAUUAUUUGGAACCCAAAUGGCCAAUGUGACUUCUGAAGCUUCUGAUUGGCUGCAGGAGCUUUCUGCAGCCAAUCAUAAGCCCUGCCUUGAUUUCUGAACAUUUUGGAAGUCGAAUGGACUUUGUUCAACUUC